AUGUUUUGCAAAGGCUUAUCAUUAAUAGCAAAAAUUGCCGGUCCUGCCCUCCUAAUAUACAUCUCUCGAAAUUCACCGGCAUCUUCGGGCGUUCAGAUAGCUGCCCAGAUUUUGUACCAGAUUGCUCUGGGUCCUCUCAUGUCUGCUACGCUCUCCUUCAUCAACAUUUUUUCAACAACAGACGACAUAAAGGCAGGGCCUGCGUACUCUCCGCUUGCCCCCUCAAAUGGCUCGAGCAUUUCAUCACUUAUACUACGUCUUGUUCACCCUGUCAUUAUAGUUGGCCUAGUGAUGGGGAUUAUUGGUGGCAUUGACCGCAUGCCCGAUAGCUCAACUGGGGCCAUUAAUCCCGACAAGUAUGACCGUGGUGCAACACUCUCAAAGGUUUCAGCUGCGAUGUUCCUCAUAGCAUUCGCAGCUAUCGUGUUCGGUGUGAUGAGAUUAUGGAAGCACCGAAAGUCAUUGACGACAGUCUCAUAUUAUAUUAUCACUGGGAUGCCGAUCAUCCUACCACUCCUAUUUCUACGAAUUCUGUAUUCUCUUCUGAAUGCAGCAAAUCUUGACACCACAGGUCAUACUGGGCACACCACCAGACUUAAUAUCAUGACGGGCAGCUGGGCGAUAUACUUUAUCAUGGGAUUUAUUCCACAGGCCACGAUCAUUACCAUGUAUGUCGGGGGUGGACUCAUGGCCUAUAUGAAGAUCAGGAGUGGCAGGAGAAUGUGA